AUGCGGGAGCCAAUGCCAGUCUUGGCAUUGUCAAAUCGACAACGUUUACCUGUGAAUCCGUCUAAACAAAUUCCACUUCCUGAUUCAUUUGUUCAAUCGAAUAAAUCCAAACGUUGGCGAUUCUAUGAGGAGUCUCUUCAAGAUAUGAAGGCAACCGGGAAAUCGGUGUUUCCACACUCAGGCGGUAACUAUAUUGUCGAUUUUUCUCUCACUGCAAGUGAUCGAGAUAUCAACUAUGAUCAACAACCGGUAAAGCGUCGACGAAAACGACCAACAUAUCGCCAAUCGAUCUACCAUUCACUACUAACAAUGCCAGCUCCAAUUGAACUCUCCAGUAUAUCUGCUCGUGGACGAGCACCGGAAGUUCCAAUAACGAUGCCGCCGGUGAGAAUACCUGACCCUCCAAGUGUCUAUCAACAUAAUGCACCACCGCCAACGCCUCAGAACGAUGAAUCUGAACAAUCAUCUCGUCAGUUACAAGAUAAAACUACAGUUCGUCCGUUUGCACAGAAACUCAUGAAAGGAAAAGAGAGACAAUCACAAUUUCAUUUACCUGCAAUUAAUCUGUCUGUUUUAUCACGACAGGAACCAAAGAAACUGUCGGCGAAAGAAGUUCGAUCAACUCUAUCGAAUUAUUUGCAAAAUUUCUAUUGA